GACGCCGGCCUGAGGCGGCACCGCCCCGACGGUCGCGGGAAGCGGCGGGGCCCGGCCCGGAAGAGGAGGGCUUUCGGCGGCGGUUCGGCGGCGGCUGGCGGCGCUGGGUGAAUGUUGGUCCUGCUUGCAAAUCUUCAGGAGUCAGCAGAAGAGUUUAAUCUGGAAGUCUAGAGGCAAAGACAUUUAAUGCUUUAAAUUACCCAGGGCUUGUUAAAACGUUUUCAGAAUGACUUCCUUGGUUGACAUGCCCCUGAAUUAUGAAAAGAUGUUUGCUCAUCGAUUCACAUCAGAUGAUGAAGAAUACCAAGAAUAUCUGAAACGCCCUGCAGAUCCUCCUCCUAUAGUUGAAGAAUGGAGAAGCAGAUCUGGUGGCAACCAGAGAAACAGAGAUCGGUUUCAAGAUGGUAGAUAUUUUAGAGGGGACAGAUACAACUGGCAAGGUGACUAUAGAUCUAAUCAGAGGCCAGAAAGAAGUUGGGGUAAUAACUACCAGCAGCACAGACAAGGACAAUCAUACUCCUCCCACUACGGACAAUAUGGCUACAACUCCUACAAUGCAGGGCCUCGUUACCAUCCCUACUGAUGAUACUUGUGGUUUGAAAGUCCAGUAAUGCAGUGUAGCAAAUUCAGUUAGACUUCAGUUUUCUUACUUUCCGCAGUUUUAUAGAUAACUGAAGAAUCAGUAUUGAGUCCAUUGCUGUUUAUGUGUAGUAUGAGCUUGAAAAGGGGAUACCUUUUAUGAAUAAAAAAAAGUGUAUUAUACAGAGUUUGUUUAGAGUCUGUAGCUCCUAGAUUAAAUUUCUAUCUCAUUCUUUUGUGUGAAUACAUACUAGUACACUACUUUUCUUCCAUCACUGAUAUUUCUCUCUUACAUUAGAAAACGCAACAGGUCAGGGGAAAAUAGCUGUGGUUUGUGUGCAGCCUAUAGCAGUGGCAUAUUGCCUUAAGACAGUUCUUACAGAAAGUGACAUACUGUGUCUUCCUCUGAAGAGCUUAUUCUUAGUUUGGCUUUUGAUAGUGAGAAAAGUUCAGUUUGGUUUGAAAUUUCAGAUGCCUUAAAAGUGAGAGGAGAGAUGCUAUUACAGAAAUAUUUUAUGGGGUUGGCAUAGUGUCUUUUGACUCAAUGGCUUCAAUGUUUUUGCAUUAGUCCUCUUAAAGCAUGGUCUAAAACUUGAAAUAAAAAUUAAGUAGUUCAAAUAGGUAUCUUCUUACUAAAGUAGUUCAGUGAUAUGCAAGUUUUACCCGAGAAGUGAUAUCAGACUUGGAUUAAUUUGUAUCUUCUUAAUAUGUAUUUGGUAUGUGCAUAACAAAUUUUGGCAUUCCCAUUUCAAUAAAGCUGUAAAACUUUGA